AUGAGCGAACCUGACCACAUUCUAAUCGUCGAAGACGAACCGAUCACCCGCGAGCAACUGGUAGCUUACUUCGAAGACGAAGGCUACAGGGUUUCCUCCACCGGGUCCGGCGAUGAAGUACAGAAAAUUGUCGAAAACACUGACGUUAUCCUUGUUUUGCUGGACAUCAAAUUGCCAGGUAAAGAUGGUCUCACGCUGACCCGGGAGAUCCGCGCACAUUCAGAUAUCGGCAUUAUUUUAGUAACCAGCAAGCAGGAGCAGAUUGAUCGCAUCCUCGGCCUGGAGAGUGGCGCCGAUGACUACGUGACAAAACCCUUUGACCCGCGCGAGCUUUUAUCGCGUGCACGGAAUUUGAUUCGUCGCGUGCAGAUUCAGCAGAAACAACGCAAACGCAAUCAUAUGCGUACCUUUGAUGGCUGGAGCCUGGAUCUGAACAAGCGCGAACUGACAACCCCGGAGGGUCAGCCCAUACAGCUAUCCGCGGGCGAAUACCAACUGCUGCUGGCCUUUAUGGAACAGGCUGGCGAAGUUAUGAACCGCGACCAGCUGAUGAAUCGAAUUCGUAAUCGCGAGUGGUUCCCUGACGAUCGAUAUAUCGAUGUGCUGGUUGGACAGUUGCGUAAGAAGCUCGGCGAGCGCGCCGCUAACGCCAAAAUUAUUGCCACCAUUCACGGCACCGGCUAUUUGUUCACGCCUGAAGUGGUAUAG